UAAAACUACUCUGGGGUUUUGUAUCAUUUUCUCCUCAGGUGCUUUUGGACUUGACAGGGGAUAUGUUGGGAAGUCCCUGAAAGAUCUGGUGAAGAACUCGGAAUACAAUUUAAGCAAUUGCUCACUGAGCAGCUCUGAGAACCCCUAUGCAACUAUCAAAGACCCGCCAGCGCUGGUGCCAAAGAGUUCAGAAUGUGGCUAUGUGGAAAUGAAGUCCCCAGCACGUCGCGACUCCCCCUAUGCCGAGAUCGCUGGCACUGCCACAGCCAACAAGAAUGUGUAUGAAGUUGAGCCCACGGUGAGUGUUGUCCAGGGCGCGUUCGGCAGCAGCGGUGGGCGCUUUGGCCAGGAUCCCUAUGACCUCCCAAAAAACAGCCACAUUCCGUGCCACUAUGACCUGCUUCCGGUCAGAGGGAGCCCCACGCCCUCCACAAAGGGGGUCAGCAGCAAAUGACCCUGCAAGAACCUGAUGCCUACAACCCUGGGACUCUCAAGGGACAGAGUGGCACGGUCGUGCUCCUUCCUCUCUAGUUUACCAUUUCUCUUGGCUCCUGAUCUGUUUGGCAGAUAAUUGCUGUACGCUAAGCAGAAGGUCUGUAUUGCACAUGCAGCAAGAGGUCUGUAUUGCAUAUACAAAUGACAGAUGGACAAAUGCCACAC